CUCCUUAACAUUCCUCCCUCCGUAAUAAUAACGCGUACGCUACAGAAUGAUUCCAAAAUUUAAUUGAAAACCAUUUCAUAGUCCGUCCAAUUGGGCAUCGCCUCUGUCGGAAAGUACUCUGAGUCUCUCUUUGUCUCCCUUCCCGGCAAAGCCUCUCACACACAGUCACACGGUGAAUAUCGCAGAAGAUCCAACAAUGGCGUCUUCAAGAUCUCUCACCUCCGCGUCAAGGCUGUUUGCCAUGUCCCUCCGCCGCCUCCACCAGCAGCGCCUCACUGGUUUUUCUCCCUCCGCCGCACGGUAUUUCUGUACCAGCCAGUAUCACAACUUGGAUGAAUAUACCAAAAACCCCUUCGGAGUGGCUAAUGAUGCGAAUGGUGGGCCGAGAAAGGUAUUGUGGCGGAGACUGUUGGGUGAGGGAUUGUUAGUGACGAGGCUUGAUCUUCCAGGUCUAAUCUCUGAGGGUCUGAAAGUGUGGGUGAAUGAGAGUAAAGAUAUAGUUUUCGAGGGAAAAAUCAAGAGCGAACCCGACUAUGAGUAUGAGGGAGGCGACCAGCGUGGCAUCAUUUCAGCCAACCAAAUGAUGUGCGAUGUGGAGCAGUUCAAGGCUGAGGUGAAACAUGGUGUCCUGUGGGUUACUAUUCCGCUCAACGAGGAUGCCAAGGCCGUCAGAAAGGUUCAACUCGAUUUGAUGAAGAAAGGCCUUGUUAAAUAUUAGUAUUGAUUUGAUUUGGGUUUAUUUUAUUUUAUUUUAUUUUAUUUUUAAUUUAGGGUUCAUUGCACAUUAGGUGUUUGUUAAAUAUUCAUUUUCGAUUUCUGUCCACCAAUCAGUUCAUGUGUUUUGUCUUUUUGGGUGUAUUCAAACUGUUUGUAGAAAUGCUCCAAUCACGAGUGGGCUUGGUUUGAAGAUUUUCUUGUGGAUUGGAUAUUGUUCUCCUUGUUUGUAUUCCUCUAUAACAGAGUCGGCCGAUCAAUUGUCACACACAUUUAGUGCUAUGUGUGUUAUUUUCAAGUCUCUUUUUAUUCAAUCGACUCCUAAAAAAUUCGUUCUACUUACCCAUAUUUCUUAGUUAUGUAAAAUUUGUGUCACACGGGGCUGUUCUGUUUUAAAUUCAACCCUUAAUCAACAAAAAUUAAUAAAAUGCUAAAUUUAAGAUAAUGUUACAAGAUUGUGACUCAAAUGACAAAACAUAUACUACCUUCUGAAUAAGCAUUGAGUCAUAGUUUGGUCAAAACAAUGUAAAUCAAUGGAUAUCACUCUUCACAUAUUCAUCCAUCAGAAAAGGAUCCAACGGGUAGGAGGUCCGCUGGUUUAUUAGUGAUGCGAUGCAUCAAAGUAUUUUCUCAUGCAAGUUACUAAAUGGCACUAUCUGUGGUCACGUGACACAACGUCUCCUCUGGUCUAUAUAGAACAGAAAAAGAUAGAAACCCACUGUACAAUCUCUCACACAGUCACACACAAUGAAUAUCCGUUCAUCAAUGGCGUCUGCAAGGCCUCUGACCACCGCGUCAAGGUUGUUCUCGACGUCCCUCCACCAGCAGUCUCCCCACGCCGCUAAGUCGUUCAGCACCAGGCACUGUCCCACCAUGGAUGGAUAUACCAAAAACCCCUUCGGAGUGGCUAUUGAUAAUAUUGAUGGGCCGAGGGGGCCGAGAAGGGGUGACAGCGUCGUGAAGGUCAGGGUUGACCUACCGGGUAUGAUCUCAGAGGGUCUGAAACUGUGGGUGGACGAGAACAGAAAUAUUGGGUUCGAGGGGAAGAUCAAGAGCGAGCCCAAGUAUGAGUAUGAGGGAGGCUCCUACCAUGGCGUCAUUCCACUCCGCCCAAUGAUGAGCAAGAUGUGCAAGGUGGAUGAGUUCGAGGCCGAGUUGACUCAUGGAUCCCUCUGGCUUACUCUUCCACUCAGCGAAAAACCCAAGGCCGUCAGAAAGGUUCAACUCGAUUCGAUGAAGAAAGGCCUUGUUAAAUACUAGUAUUAAUUUCGUUUUGGGGUCUUAUUUUAAUUAGUUUAUGGAGCCCUUGAUUUUGUUCAUUCAUAUUGCACAACACUUGUUUGUAGAAAUGCUCCUGUCAAUAGUCCCAUUAGUGCCAAGACCAUCUCUAAUGGUAAAAUGUUAAAUUCGGAUGCCAAAUUUAUGUUACAGUGUCAAAAUACUAUAUUUUAGCAAUUAUGCUUCAAUGAUG